CGCGAGUCAAAUCUAAUCCUGCCGAUCAGUUUUUUCCGUCGUGAAGCGAUUAUAAAACAAAUUCCUUCUUAAAAAUCAAAUGUUAAACCAUGCAUUCGACAUUAAACUUUGUCAGUAAAAAUUAUAAACAAGCGGUUUGUAAAAAACGGUUCAAGAUUUAAAAUUUUAUUGGAAUUUCUGCUUUUAUAUUUGGGACCAAUUAUUAUUUUAGAUAUUUUAAAAACGUAACGAAAAACGAUGGGUUUUUUGCAUAAAAAGUCUAACUAUUAUUUUCCCCAUGCUGUUUUCGAAAGGGAAGUUGUGAAUUCGGAAAAACCAAAAAUGGCAACCGUAUGGUUUGGAACGAGACAUUUCGUAACUUUUAUGCUGUUCCUUGGCAUGGCCAACGCCUACAUCAUGAGAACAAACAUGUCAGUGGCCAUUGUCGCUAUGGUCAAUCACACAGCUAUUGGAACCGACAAUCAUUCAGCAUCUGAAGGGGUUGAUAUGGAAUGUGGCGUUGAAUAUUCAAAUAGCACUUCCAGUUCUCAAGAAACAGACGGCGACUUUGCCUGGCAAACGGACGUCCAAGGAUACGUUCUUUCGUCAUUUUUCUACGGCUACGUCUUAACCCAAAUACCUUUUGGAAUUAUGGCGAAAAAGUACGGCAACAUUUAUUUUUUGGGAAUCGGCAUGCUUGUCAACUCUUUAUUCGGACUUUUGGUACCCAUUGCGGCGUACCACGGUAUCUGGUGGCUGGUGGCUGUUAGAUUUAUUCAGGGAUUAGGAGAGGGUCCAAUAGUUCCAUGUACGCAUGCUCUUUUGGCAAAAUGGAUACCACCAAAUGAAAGAAGUCGUAUGGGGGCAUUUGUUUAUGCAGGUGCACAAUUUGGUACAGUCAUCUCUAUGCCUCUGAGCGGUCUCCUAUCAGUAUCCAACGCAGGAUGGCCUUCAAUAUUUUACGUUUUUGGCGCUGUGGGUACCGUUUGGUGUGUAGCAUUCUUGAUUUGGGUUUACGAAGAUCCAGAAGCCAAUCCCAAAAUUAAUCCAGAAGAGCGCAUGUAUAUUCAAAAGACCUUAGGGAGAGUUGUUGGUCAAUCGACCCCCAAAAUUCCAUGGUUGUCCAUCCUGAAAUCUUUACCGUUCUGGGCUAUUUUGCUUGCACAUAUGGGCCACAACUAUGGCUACGAAACGCUGAUGACCGAACUCCCAACUUACAUGAAACAAGUCUUACAUUUCAGUAUUAAAGAUAAUGGAUUUUUAUCUGCCCUUCCCUACUUAGCCAUGUGGAUUUUCUCAAUUUUCAUCAGUCACGUGGCCGAUUUCUUGCUAACUAAACCAUGCUUCACCAUCACCAUCGUAAGAAAAAUCAUAAACAGCAUUGGACAGUAUGGACCAGGUAUCGCCCUUUUCAUAGCAGCUUUCACUGGUUGCGACAGAUGGUUAACUGUAGCUAUACUUACCAUCGGAGUGGGUCUUAACGGUGGCAUAUACUCAGGAUUCAAAGUCAACCAUUUGGAUAUUAGCCCACAAUUUGCAGGAAUUUUGAUGUCUUUCACCAAUUGUUUGGCUAACCUUGCUGGUUUACUGGCUCCUAUUUAUGCUGGAUACAUGGUUAAAGGAACACCCAGUAUUAACAAAUGGAGGAAAGUCUUCAUUACAGCAGCUGCAGUUUAUGCUGCAUGUUGUACGUUUUACGUUCUGUUCAGUUCUGGGCAAAGACAGCCUUGGGAUCAACCGGAAUCACUAAAUAAAUCUGAAGAUCCAGAAAAAAACGAGAACGAAAAAGAGAAACCCACUACUGUGAUGACUACACAAACAUAAAUUUCAACUUUUUUUUUUUGAUUUCUAUUAGUUGUUUGAACUGUAGAUAAUUAUUGUAAAUAAAUAAAAUAAGCACAUUGCUGUUUUAGUAACUAGUUAACUUUGUAGAAAUAAGUAUAUUUUUUAUCAACAAAAACACGCAGAUGUAGUAGUUUUAAAUUGUGAUGUAGUUAAGUACCCUAAAAUGUAGCAUUAUUGUUAAGAAUAACUAUGGAAAAAUGAUUCCUUCUCUGAAUUUUGAAUUAAAACAUUACAAAUCUACAAAGUAUUUCUGAAGGGGGUCAUAAUAUGUUCCUAGAUUACAGUGUACAAAAUGUUUUUUAAUUUAUUUUUUUUAUACAUUUAAAUUGAGUUAACAUAUUAUUGAAUUAUUUCAACAAAUUUUCACUCGAGUACAUCAAGUAUUAUAUAUUUUUAAUUGUCAACUUUUAAGUAAUUUCAAAGUUUAACUCUGAUCUCAAGUGAUAUAAUAGUCUUGUCAACCUUGUUGUUAGAAUUAUUCAGUGCUACAAUUUUGUUUAUUGAAAUUUAUUAUUUAAUUGUGAUUGAAAAAGAAAUUUAAUGUUGAAUAAACAGUUAUUAUAAUGUUUCAAUUUUAAACUGAUCUUCCAAAUAAUAAAAUAAAAUGAAUCCAAUUGAAAAGCUGUUUUUGUUUUAAUAAAUUUAUUGAGUAAAGUCUAAAUCCUAAUAAGGUUUAAAUCUCCUACUGCUCUUCAUUAAAGUGACCUUCUUCUUAGCUUCUUCAUAAUUUUUCCUUAACAUAGUCAAAUUUUUCUGUUUGCUCUGCUUAAUUUGAAAUGUAUAAAAGUUCUGCAGCUCCUUUUUCUUACUAGCUUGCGAAAUUUUUUCAUUUAUUUUAAUUUUUACACUUUCCUUAUUUGCAAUGCCAGGAUUACGACUUUUCUUAGUAACCACUGUCCAACCUUCAUCAUCAAUUUCUUCAACUUUUUUUUUACCUGCCUCUUCAUUUUUGUCAAAUCUCAACAUGAAAUUGUUGAUCUCGUUCGAGAGUUUUGUAGGGUCUUCUAUUGAAUUAUUAUAUUCGUCAAUCCAUUUUUCUAAGCCAGAUUUCAAAUCAUUUAAACAUAAAUUUGUUACUUUAACAGCUUUCAAAAGAUGUUCACGCUGGGAAAAUAUCACGUAGGCAUUGUUAAACUGAUUUUUGUUUUGUAGAAUCACGUUUAGAACUUUUCCACACGGUGAGAACAGAUUUUUCAAAUUUUCUUCAGUAACAUAAGGAGGGAUAUUGAGGACAAAUAAUGUCCUGCCAGGGGGUUUGUUGUCUUCUUGGUGCCUUAAUGAAUGUUCUUUAAUGAAUAGUUCAUGGAAAGUGGUGCUUUUACUUGAAAAAACCACUGAA